AUGUCUUCGGCACUGAAUUUGGAUUUACUAUUGAAGGUGACAUGGAUUAGGAAAAGGGACGGACAUAUACUGAGCAUUGAACGUAUCAAAUACACGACUGACCCCAGAUUUACACCACUUUUCGAUGGCAAUCAUUGGGUUCUUAGGAUCAAAAAUAUUAGCAUAAAUGAUGCGGGUGUCUAUCAGUGCAAACUCACCAGCUCUAAGACCAGAAACUUCAUUGAAAACUCGACAACUAUUUUCCGGGUCAAUGUGUUUGGUAACCGGGAUCAUUCAACCAAAAGCGAGUUGAUAGAUAUCCUGAACCUAUUAGACAUGGAUAGUGAGGAACAGAAUGAGAAGAUUCUUGAGUUCUUAGAGAAGGCCGAAGUGAUCAUCAAAAAGGCUGAGGACUCGACCGGAACACUACAGCCAGAGAUGAUUGUCAAUGAGUUUCUGUCGGAUCCAAUGCCUGUCAAAGACUUCAAUAUAUCUGAGGAUGGAGGGCUGACCAGCUUUGAGGGCAAACUCCAGAAUAUGACAAUCCAUGGCCUCAAACAAUUGAAAAUCACUAAUAUAUCCGUCAAUUUGGGUUUAAUUCAACUGAAAGUCCAAAUGGAUUUGCCUGUCAUUAGUCUUCAGGGAAUCUAUGAUAUCGAUGGAAGGGUAACAUUCUUCCGGAUCUAUGGCGACGGCAACUUCCAUAUGAAUAUCACAGACAUUGAGAUCAACGCCUAUGGAUCCCUUGAACAGACCAGCGAUGGCCGCAUACAAGUCGGUGACAUCGAGCUGGACGUCGAGACCGGCAAUAUUGAGAUGGAAAUGGAGAACCUGAUGGGAGGGGGUGUGAUGGGAGGCAUCAGUAAUUCAGUGGUGAACCAAAUCAGUAGUUUGAUAUUCAAUCAGUUGAAGGACCGAAUGCUGGAGGAGGUAUCCACGGAUGUGAAGCGUAUGAUUAACACACAGCUCAUGCAUAUGCCGAUGGAUUUCCUGAACAAGAAGUCGUCCAAUGUUUUCGAUAGUAUACUGGACUCCGGCAUCCGGGCCAUCAACGAGUCAGGCCUGGAUCCCAUGCCUAUGCCCGCAUUCAAAGACAAAUUCAAUUACAACCUAAUGGUGUUUAAUCUGAACGGAGAGAUUAAAGUAUUUGACGGCUAUUUGUCUGGAUUGACGAGUUUAGUGAGAACUGGAGAUAUUAUCGCCACUUAUAGUAAUAACGAAGUGGUCUUUGAGGCGAGUAUGGGAUUCACGAACUUAACCGGUGGCUACAACUGGACCACUAAUCUCAUGGGUGGCGGUCCCUCCGGUUCCUCAUCGCUAACCAUAUCGGGAAUCUCAUGCUAUUUGCGUCUAAAACAGUCGCUCCGAAAGGGAGCCAAACCUCGGAUCAGCUCGUUUCGGAUCGAGAAGAUUAAACAUCUGUGGAUUGAUGUGAACGGUUUGGGCAGUUGGGACUUCAUCCUCGAGAUUAUAAUGAAUUUGGUGUCAAACGCAUUCAAGCUAUCCCUGGCCAACGCCAUCAGUGGGCCCGUCACUGACGCCAUACAGAAGGAAUUGAAUGCCAUUCCCAUCAGCUUUCUCUAGACAUACACCCAAACACUUCAGUCAGUUUUUAGAGCAUUAAAUCCAAUGCCAAUCCUAUGACAGACUUGUUUUCACUCAAACUUCCUCUUUAUAUACCGUAUAUACAGUUAUGUUAUCUUAUUUUUUGUGUUCAUUUCCUACAGAAAGUCAAUACAAUAUCCUUUAUAUGUAUAAAUCGAUAAUUGAAUGAAUGGCUAAAAGCAUAUCUCAAAUCUCAGAC